AUGAAGCUUAACACGGUACAAAGGCUCUUGUCUCAAAAUCUUGUUCCAGUAAAUGUCCAAGAUGAAGACCAAUAUACCCCUCUCCACCGUGCUGCCUAUAGUGGACACUUGGAAGUUGUACGAGAGCUGAUUGCCCGCGGCGCAGAUGUUCAUGCAUUGACAGUGGAUAGCUGGACCCCACUGCACAGUGCCUGUAAGUGGAACAACACAAAGAUAGCCUCGUUCUUGCUUCAGCAUGGUGCGGAUAUCAAUGCUCAGACCAAUGGCUUGCUGACUCCCCUGCACCUUGCAGCAGGAAACAGGGAGAGCAAGGAAACCCUUGAACUCUUGCUCAUGAAUCGCUAUUUGAAGCCAAACCUCAAAAACAACUUGGACGAAACGGGAUACGAUAUCGCUCGAAGGACUGAUAUAUAUCACUAUCUGUUUGAAAUUGUUGAAAAUUGCACAAAUUCUGUGUCAGAUUCUUAGGAAUUGUGAACAUUUGAAUGUUGAAACUGGGCCUUGGUAAAAAAAAAUUACACUUCGUUAUUGCACUCAAA